GUUUACCAUUUUAGUUAUGAUCUUGUUUUCACGUGUUUAUAAGUAAUACACCAAUUUGUCUACAAGAUGUCUGCAAAACUCGAUCAAGUCGAAGAGGUUGAUAUAGAGAGCGGUGGUCGGUUUAAAUACAUUCUAGUGAAGCUAAAAGAUGGCAAUGAUGAGAAAUAUAUUGUUCGGGGAUACAGAAGGGCAGCAUACCAUGCUGAUAUUUAUGAUGAAAUAUUACCAGAGUUGAAAAGGCUUAGCUUACAUUCUGAGUGCGUUGGCGGUGGCCGUAUUGAACACAGCAGUGAAUCUGAAAAAUUAUUUGUAUAUGGCUAUUCAAUGGGUUUUGGACAAGCUGAUCAUUCAAUUACAACAGGAAUACUUAAGAAGUUUUUCCCAUCAUAUAAAUCUAUAACAUUUUCCAAUGAAGGAUACUAGUUGUAAAGCAACAUUUAUAUAUA